CGCCCGAAUCCCAAAUGUCACUUCUUCUUCUUCUCAAACCUUCUUCUUCUCCCCAUUCGUAUUCCUUCUUACCGCUAUACUUAUUAAAUCCUUUCAACCACAACAACAACAACAACAGAGCUUCCAUGCUCAAGAGACUACUGCUCUACUCCACCUCUAUCCAUUUCCGUCGCUCGUUGCUCUCUCUCAACAAUUCUAUCACAACUCCACAUCCAUUAAUUCUCACCUCCACAUCCACAUCUCCUUAUUCACCUCCGCCACUGAUAAGCCGUCGACGCAUUCACUCUCUUAGGCUCCUCGCCAUGGCUGAAGGAACCCUGAAGCCAUCACAAGCUCACAAGCACACCAACCGUCUCGCCAAAGAGCAUAGCCCUUACCUUCUCCAACACGCUCAUAAUCCGGUUGAUUGGUAUCCAUGGGGAGAGGAAGCAUUCGAGAAAGCGCGACGGAAAGACAUGCCAAUCUUCUUGUCCAUUGGAUAUAGCACCUGCCACUGUUGGGUGCUACUGCUCAGGUGCCAUGUUAUGGAAGUGGAAUCUUUCGAGGACGAAGAAGUUGCAAAGUUGCUAAAUGACUGGUUUGUUAGUAUCAAGGUGGAUCGAGAAGAGCGACCGGAUGUUGAUAAGGUAUACAUGACGUAUGUGCAAGCGCUUUAUGGUGGUGGUGGUUGGCCAUUGAGCGUUUUUCUUUCACCUGAUUUGAAGCCGUUAAUGGGUGGAACAUACUUCCCACCAGAGGACAAGUAUGGACGGCCUGGUUUUAAAACCAUAAUCAGGAAAGUGAAAGAUGCUUGGGAGACCAAAAGGGAGAUGCUUGUAAAAGGCGGAGCCUAUGCAAUAGAACAACUGGCAGAAGCCUUGUCCAAAAGUGUCACUCUUAAUACGCCAACAGAUGGACUCUCACAACAUGCUUUACAUUUGUGCGCUGAACAGCUUGCUGGAAGUUAUGAUCCAGAGUUUGGUGGGUUUGGCUCUUCUCCAAAGUUUCCUAGACCUGUAGAGAUUCAGUUGAUGUUUUAUCACUCAAAGAAGCUGGAGGAAGCUGGGAAGUCAUCUGAGGCAAAUAGAAGUUUGAAAAUGGUGCUCUUUAGUCUGCAGUGUAUGGCCAGAGGUGGCAUCCAUGAUCACAUUGGAGGUGGUUUUCAUAGAUACAGUGUUGAUGAGUGCUGGCAUGUUCCACACUUUGAAAAGAUGUUGUAUGAUCAGGGCCAGAUUGCUAAUGUUUAUUUGGAUGCAUUUUCAAUCACAAAAGAUACCUUUUAUUCUUCUGUUGCUCGGGAUAUCCUUGACUAUUUGAGGAGAGAUAUGAUAGGAGAGGAAGGUGAAAUAUAUUCAGCAGAAGAUGCAGAUAGUGCUGAAUUUGAGGGUGCUCCAAGAAAAAAGGAAGGAGCCUUCUACAUUUGGACAAGUCAAGAGGUUGAGGAUAUAGUUGGAGAACAUGCAAAUCUUUUCAUGGAUCAUUAUUAUAUUAAACUAUCAGGCAACUGUGACCUUUCAAGGAUGAGUGAUCCUCACAAUGAAUUCAAGGGGGAAAAUGUUCUAAUAGAGAGGAAUGAUACUUCUGCAAUGGCAUCAAAGCAUAAUAUGUCCAAGGAUGAAUAUUUAGAUGUACUAGGUGCAUGCAAAAGAAAGCUUUUUGAUUUCAGAUCAAAACGACCACGACCACAUUUGGAUGAUAAGGUAAUUGUUUCAUGGAACGGACUUGCAAUUUCAGCCUUUGCAAGAGCUUCCCAAAUUCUCAGGGGAGAAGCUGAAAUGACCAAAUUCAAUUUUCCUGUUCUUGGUUGCAAUCCCAAGGAGUACCUUGAAGUUGGAGAAAAAGCAGCAUCUUUUAUCAGGAGGCACCUUUAUGAUGAGCAGGCACACAGGCUACAGCACAGCUUCCGGAAUGGUCCAUCUAGAGCACCUGGAUUUCUAGAUGAUUAUGCCUUCUUAAUUUCAGGGUUGCUUGAUCUGUAUCAGUUUGGUGGUGGGAUCAACUGGCUAUCAUGGGCAAUUGAGCUACAGGAUACCCAGGAUGAAUUGUUUCUCGAUAGAGAGGGAGGCGGCUAUUUUAACACUCCUGGUGAAGAUCCUUCUGUUCUCCUCCGUGUAAAAGAAGAUCAUGAUGGGGCAGAACCAUCUGGAAACUCGGCAUCAAUGAUCAACCUCAUAAGAUUGGCCUCCAUGGCUGCCACAAGCAAGUCCGACCAAUACAAGCAGACAGCACAGCAUCUUCUGGCGGUUUUUGAAUCAAAAUUAAAAGACACUGCAAUAGCUGUCCCCUUGAUGUGCUGUGCAGCAGACAUGUUUUCUGUUCUUUCCAUGAAACAAGUUGUGCUGGUUGGCCGUAAGCCAUCUACCGAAUUUGAUGAUAUGAUUGCAUCUGUUCAUUCAACAUACGACCCAAGCAGAAUUGUUAUUCACAUAGACUCAAGCAACCAAGAAGAAAUGCAGUUCUGGGAAGGUUACAACGAGAACAUUGCCCUCGUGGCAAAGAACAGAACUUCCCCAGAGAAGGUGGUUGCUCUUGUCUGCCAGAAGUUCACAUGCAGUUCUCCCAUCACUGAUCCCGAACUUCUCAAGACCUUGCUCAAGUAGAUAGAUAUUGAAGCAUGUUGUUUUCAAAACGAUUUAUCAUGCGGACAAGCGGCACAGCCUACUGAGCUGCCGAGUUAGUGUUUAUGUUGCUAUCUACUAGACUAUGUCUGGUCAUUUAUGAAGGGACGAAGCUGGGUAAGGAGGAUUUACAUUUCAUACCUCAUACAUAUUGUAGAUAGUACAGCUCAGUUUGACAGUUAUACCAUACCUAUAUGUAUGUUGUUUGAAUGCUAUGUCGACUUUUGACGACUAAUCUAAAUACCAACAUAUUUAUACCACCCAAUCACCUCAGUGAUCUGAUUAGCCAAACCCCAUACAGUUGGGAUAAGGGUUAGGAUGAUCACGAUGACGACGACUUAGUGACCUGAUGUAUGAUGUACUGAUGUACUUGUGUAUCUAUAGAUUGACAUUCAAUUAAGACA